AUGGAAAAUGAAACUAAUGUUAGACUUGCUGAAGAAAAGGCUAUUAGGGAGGCAGAAUUUAUUGCUGCAUCUGAAAGCAUAAAGUUAACCCAGGAGCUUUCCUUAAGAUUAGGAGCUUCAGAACCUAAUUCAAAGAAUUCCUCCAGAAGCCCCUCUAUUUCUGAUAUUCAAAAAAAUAAUGAUAAUGAUGAGCAACAAAUAUGUCAGCCAUAUCAAAUUGAUCAGACAAACAGUGAAGAUGAAAAUGAAAAUAAAAAUGAAAAUGUGAACGAAAAUGAAAAUGAGAAGGAAUAUAAAGAAGAAAAUUUAGAUGAAGAACAAGACAAAUUUCCCAAGGAAGGUGAAAAUAUUGAAAAAAGUUUAUCAAAAGAUGAAAUUGGCUUACAAAUUUCUAAUACUAUAGAGCCAAUUAUUGAGAUCAAAGAAAAUGAAUAUGAGUCUCAGUUUACUAAGCAAGAGUCAAAGCUCAUUUUAAAUGAAUUUAGACAUGACUCUUUAAGCUUUAAGAAAGAACAAGAAGAAACCAAUGGGCAUUCUAAUGAUUCUGAAAUUACUAUUUUGAAAGAACCUGAAAAUCAAGAUCUCGAAAAUAAUCAACAUUCUAGUGAUGAAAUAUUGCUCAUAAAUAGCCAAAAGUCUGUUGAGAUUCAAGGAUGUAAUCACAAAUUGCAUGAGAUUUCAGAUUAUACCAAAUCUGGUAUAUCUAUAAUUCUUGAAUUCCAAAAAUCUAUCAUUGACAAUUGCAAAAAUACCAAUUCUGUUAACACACAACUCAAAAAGUCUAGUUUGGAUUACUUUGACUCCCUACACUCAAAACUUAUCAAUUUAGCUGGAUUUCACAGCCCUGAUGAAUGUUCAAUUUGCAAGGAUUUUAGACAUCAGGAUGUCCCAUUACUUAACUAA